UGAAGACAGUAGCAACAUGACUCUGCUAUGGCUUGUACUGUUCCUUCUUCAUCAAGGAUAUACUUUAGUUCCUGUGGUCACAGUCCAUCGUGGGGAACCGGUGACUUUGACAUGCGUAUUGACUGAGAAGUUUGAAACUGUGACCUGGGUUCACUGGUACAAGCAAAGUGCAGGACAUACUCUGAUAUUAAUUGCAAUGCUGCGUAAAAGUACAAGUACAAUGCCCACCUACGGCCCGGGAUUCUCAAAAUCAAGAUUCCAAAUAACAUAUAUUGACAACAUGAGCAACUUGAUAAUUUCAUCAACAUUAGAACAAGAUGAGGGAAUGUACCAUUGUGCGUAUAUGGACUGGACUGAAUCUACUUGGACUGGGACCUAUUUGUCAUUAAAAGAAAACUCUCAGAGGAUUUCGAGCUUCACUGUUGUUCAGGAGCCAACAGUUUCUAAUCCCGCCAGUGACACAGACUUAGAGACUCUGCAGUGUUCGGUUCUCUCCGACUCUGUAAAUGCAACCUGCUCAGGAGAACCCAGUAUGUUCUGGUUCAGAGCCAUAUCAGACACAUCCUACCCAGAUUUCAUCAUCGCUGAGGGAAAAAUACCUGAAAACUGUGAGAAGACGUCAAACAGUCAGAAGAAAUGUAGUUAUAAUUUCACUAAGGUUGUGAAAUCAUCUGAAGGUGCCAUUUAUUACUGUGCUGUGGCUGCAUGUGGACAGAUACUAUUUGGAAAUGGAACAAACCUUGUAAAGAGCGAUCAAGAUAAAAAAACAAGUACAAUAAGGAUUGUGUUGGUGAUUAUACUAAUCUGCUUGGCCAUUUCUGUGACCUUGAAUAUUAUUUUUAUUUGUUACCGAGUUCAAAGAUCUCAAUUUAAGGAGAGUUCCUCUUCUCAACCAAGACACAAUGACUUAAGCCAACCAGGAAAUGAGACUGACAAAGGUCAGGAUCUGAAUUAUGCUGCAUUACAUUUCUCUGAAAGGAAAGAGCCAAGAGGAAUGAAGAAAAGAGAACUGAAGACUGAAGAAAGUUUAUAUUCACAAGUUAAAGGACAGAUGUCAAGAUGAUUGGCUCUAAGCUUAUAUGGGAUACUGACAUUGUGAUAAAAGACAGUUCAGUGUUUUCAGAUUCAUUGUAACUGCGACGAGUGAGACAAUUUGUAAAAGUAAUUUUUUGUAAAUUUUUUUUAGAGUUUAGUGCUGUACUAAAAUCUCAUCAGUUUAAUGAAAUGGCCUCAAAUUCUUGUGUAUUGAAAAAUUUCACCUAAAUGAGG